CGAGUAAAAUGUCUUUAAAAGACGAAUGAAAGGAGUCGUAAUGGUAAUAUGAAUUGUAAAAUUGUGAGGUAAGUACUAAUACUGAACAUUAUUACCGAAAUUAUGACUGUAUAAUACCUACUUAAUACUUAUUCAUUAUUUUUUAUAAUUAUUUUUUUCUUAUCGAAUUAAAAAAAAAAAAAAAAUAGUGAGGAUACAACUAUCAAUAAGCAGCCAACAGAUGUAUUUUUUGAAUCGUCCACAACUGGAGCUGCAGAUGGAUCACUUCCAGGACCAUCAUUUGAAAUAUACAAUACUCUAAUGUCUGAUGAUUUAUUCAGUGAGCAAUCAACAAAUAUUAUUGCUGAUUCUCCUACAUUAGAACCAGAUGAUAAAUCUCUUCCAGGACUAUCGUUUGAAAUAACUAAUACUCCCGAAACAGCAACAGAAGUAUGUUCUUUGGGUCGUCGAAUAGUGGACAUAUUCUACGUAUUUGAACAAAUUAAAAAAUGUAUCCACGAAGGGGGUUUCGGAUGUACAUUCAUGGAUAUGGAGUUUGUACGUGAAAUACGUUUUGGUCUAAGGUCGCAAUUUCUCUUUACAUGUAAAAUGUGUAAAAUCAACAUAAAAAUUGAGUCUGAAAAAAAAGUCCCAGCGACAUAUUUGCCUGUAAAUUUAGCUGCAAUCAGUGGCUCAAUAUCUAUCGGAAUAGGAUAUUCACAACUUGAGGAAAUAUUAGCUUCCACCGAUAUUCCAUGUAUGAGCAGCAGUACAUUUUUAUCUGGUCAAGAAGAAAUCAGUGACAAAAUUCAUUGUAUUGCGCAAGAAGCAAUGAGAUUAGCCGGUGAAGAAGAAAGGCGAUUAGCGAUCGAAGAAAAUGAAUUAGAUAUAGAUGGUAUACCCAUGUGCACAGUUGUAGCUGACGGUCAGUGGUCCAAACGUAGCUACAAAACUAAGUAUGAUGCUUUGUCUGGCGUGGUAAAUACAAUAAUUCUGCGUUAUACCUACUUUUAAUAAAAAUAAUUCAAAAGUAAUUUAUUUUAAAGUAAUUACCUACUAUUGUGUUUUUACAAUUUUCAG